UGCCGCCAUGCCCCAGCCGGCCCCGCCGCGCCCCGCAGCCGCCGCCGGCGCACCAUGAAGCGGCAGAACGUGCGGACGCUGGCGCUCAUCCUGUGCACCUUCACCUACCUGCUGGUGGGCGCCGCCGUCUUCGACGCGCUCGAGUCCGAGGCGGAGACGGCGGAGAAGCGGCGGCUGGAGGCCAAGAGCCAGGAGCUCAAGAACAAGUACAACCUGAGCGCCGAGAGCUACCGGGAACUCGAGCGGGUCGUGCUCAAGCUCAAGCCGCACAAGGCCGGCGUCCAGUGGAAAUUCGCCGGCUCCUUCUACUUCGCCAUCACCGUCAUCACCACCAUAGGCUACGGGCACGCGGCGCCCAGCACGGACGGCGGGAAGGUUUUCUGCAUGCUCUACGCGCUGCUGGGCAUCCCCCUGACGCUGGUGAUGUUCCAGAGCCUGGGCGAGCGCAUCAACACCUGGGUGCGCUCGCUGCUGCGGCGCCUCAAGAAGCGCCUGGGCAUGCGGCGGCCGGAGGUGUCCAUGGCCAACAUGGUGACCAUCGGCUUCUUCUCGUGCGUCAGCACGCUCUGCAUCGGCGCCGCCGCCUUCUCGCACUACGAGAACUGGAGCUUCUUCCAGGCCUACUACUACUGCUUCAUCACGCUGACCACCAUCGGCUUCGGCGACUACGUGGCGCUGCAGAAGGACCAGGCGCUGCAGACGCAGCCGCAGUACGUGGCCUUCAGCUUCGUCUACAUCCUGGCGGGGCUCACGGUCAUCGGCGCCUUCCUCAACCUGGUGGUGCUGCGCUUCAUGACCAUGAACGCCGAGGACGAGCGCCGGGACGCCGAGCAGCGGGCGCUGCUCAGCCGGGCCGCCCGGCCCGGCGCCGUCCCCGCCGUCCCCGAGGCCGCCGCGGUGGCCCCGGCCGAGAGCGGCUUCCGGAACGUCUACGCCGAGGUGCUGCACUUCCAGUCCAUGUGCUCGUGCCUGUGGUACAAGAGCCGCGAGAAGCUGCAGUAUUCCAUCCCCAUGAUCAUUCCCAGGGAUUUGUCCAGCUCGGACACGGGCGUGGAGCGCAGCCACUCCUCGCCCGCCCGCUGUCCCGAGACUCCGGAGCACCGGUGCUUCUGCCAUUCCCGGCGUUCCGCCAUCAGCUCCGUGUCCACCGGGCUCCAGAGCCUGGCGGCCUUCCCGGGAUUCGCCAAGCGCCGCAGCUCCGUGUAGCCCCUUCGCCCCCUGGCCCGGAUCCCGAGGAAGCUGCUCUGGACUCCGGAAUGACGCCGGAGCGGGCCCAGAUCCCAGAUCCCGGUUCGCUCCAGAUUGGGAUUUUAAUUUAAACCUCUUGGAUUUUUAUUUCACAAAAAAACCACUCCUUGAAAAUGUGAAAGUUGGGAGAGCGGGGGAGCCUCGGAAUCCAGCGGGAUUGGGGGGGCACCUCCCAGUCCUGCCCUCUCCACGCUCUGGAUCCUCGGGAAUUCCCUGGGAAGUGCAGACGGACCCCACGGCCAUGGAAAUCAGGCUAAGAGGGGCUUAGCCGGAGCUUUUCCACAUCAGCCGGCCGGAAAAGCAGCUGGGAGUCACGUAGGCUGCUCCAAACCCUGCUCUUCCCGGGAUUUGGGGUCGUCUUAACCCUUUGUGGGAGGGCAGUGCUGGGAGUCCAUGGGAUUUAGCAGGAAUCACCUGCGGGAUUUAGCAGGAAUCACCCAUGGGACUUAGCGGGAAUCACCCGCGGGAUUUAGCGGGAAUCACCUGCGGGAUUCAGCGGGAAUCGCCUGCGGGAUUCAGCGGGAAUCGCCCGCGGGAUUCAGCGGGAAUCGCCCGCGGGAUUUAGGGGGAAUCACCCGAGGGAUCCAGUGGGAAUCACCCGCGGGAUUCAGCGGGAAUCGCCCGCGGGAUUUAGGGGGAGUCACCCGCGGGAUUCAGCGGGAAUCGCCCGCGGGAUUUAGGGGGAGUCACCCGCGGGAUUCAGCGGGAAUCGCCCGCGGGAUUUAGGGGGAGUCACCCGCGGGAUUCAGCGGGAAUCGCCCACGGGAUUCAGCGGGAACCACCCGCAGGAUUCAGCGGGAAUCGCCCGCGGGAUUCAGCGGGAAUCGCCCGUGGGAUUUAGCGGGAAUCGCCCGUGGGAUUCAGCGGGAAUCGCCCGUGGGAUUUAGGGGGAAUCACCCAUGGGAUUCAGCAGGAAUCGCCCACGGGAUUCAGCGGGAAUCGCCCGUGGGAUUCAGCGGGAAUCACCUGCGGGAUUCAGCGGGAAUCACCCAUGGGAUUUAGCGGGAAUCGCCCACGGGAUUCAGCGGGAAUCGCCCGCGGGAUUUAGCAGGAAUCACCCGCGGGAUUCAGCGGGAAUCACCCGCGGGAUUUAGCGGGAAUCGCCCGCGGGAUUUAGCGGGAAUCGCCCACGGGAUUCAGCAGGAAUCGCCCGCGGGAUUUAGCGGGAAUCGCCCACGGGAUUCAGCGGGAAUCACCCGCGGGAUUCAGCGGGAAUCGCCCGCGGGAUUCAGCGGGAAUCGCCCACGGGAUUCAGCGGGAAUCGCCCGCGGGAUUCAGCGGGAAUCGCCCGCGGGAUUCAGCGGGAAUCGCCCGUGGGAUUUAGCGGGAAUCGCCCGCGGGAUUUAGGGGGAAUCGCCCGUGGGAUUUAGGGGGAAUCACCCGCGGGAUUCAGCGGGAAUCACCCGCGGGAUUCAGCGGGAAUCACCCGCGGGAUUCAGCGGGAAUCGCCCACGGGAUUUAGCGGGAAUCGCCCGUGGGAUUUAGGGGGAAUCACCCGCGGGAUUCAGCGGGAAUCACCCGCGGGAUUCAGCGGGAAUCGCCCACGGGAUUCAGCGGGAAUCGCCCGCGGGAUUCAGCGGGAAUCGCCCGCGGGAUUCAGCGGGAAUCACCCGCGGGAUUCAGCGGGAAUCGCCCACGGGAUUCAGCGGGAAUCACCCGCGGGAUUCAGCAGGAAUCGCCCGCGGGAUUCAGCGGGAAUCGCCCGUGGGAUUUAGCGGGAAUCGCCCGCGGGAUUUAGGGGGAAUCGCCCGUGGGAUUUAGGGGGAAUCGCCCGUGGGAUUCAGCGGGAAUCGCCCGCGGGAUUCAGCGGGAAUCACCCGCGGGAUUCAGCGGGAAUCGCCCGCGGGAUUCAGCGGGAAUCGCCCGCGGGAUUCAGCGGGAAUCGCCCACGGGAUUCAGCGGGAAUCACCCGCGGGAUUCAGCGGGAAUCGCCCGCGGGAUUCAGCGGGAAUCGCCCACGGGAUUCAGCGGGAAUCGCCCGCGGGAUUCAGCGGGAAUCACCCGCGGGAUUCAGCGGGAAUCACCCGCGGGAUUCAGCGGGAAUCGCCCGUGGGAUUUAGGGGGAAUCGCCCGUGGGAUUCAGCGGGAAUCACCCGCGGGAUUCAGCGGGAAUCACCCGCGGGAUUCAGCGGGAAUCGCCCGUGGGAUUUAGGGGGAAUCACCCGCGGGAUUCAGCGGGAAUCACCCGCGUGAGGCCGGUCGGUGCCAUGGGAUCUCCAUGCCCAGCCCUGCCGAGGCUCUGCGGAUGGAAUUGUUCCCCUCGGGAAGGUGUCUGGGGACAAUUUGGGAUUUUUUCCCCUGGGAUCCCCAUUUCCAUCCUCCUCAAGAAUCCAGGGAUGGAAUUACUUCCCUCCGAGAGGUAUUUUGGGGAAAAUCCAGGAUAGAUUCCCUUGGGAUCUCCAUCCUCACCAAGCCUUCCAGGGAUGGAAUUGUUCCCCCUGGGAAGGUAUUUUAGGGAAAAUCUGGGAUAUUUUUCCUGGAGAUCCCCAUCUCCAUCCCCACUGAGACUCUGGGAAUGGAAUUUUUCCCUCGGGGAGGAAUUUUGGGGACAAUUUUCCCCUGGGAUUCCCAUUUCCAUCCUCACCAAUUCUCCAGGGAUGGAUCUGUUCCCCUCAGGGAGGUAUUUUUGGGAAAUUAUCCCUUGGGAUCUCCAUCUCCAUUCUCACCAGGACUCCAGGAUGGAAUUCUUACGCCUGGGGAGGUAUUUUAGGGACAAUUUGGGAUAUCAUUCCCUGGGAUCCCCAUCUCCAUGCUCACCGAGGCUCCGGGGAUGGAACUGUUCCCCCUGGAGAGGUAUUUGGGGGAAAUUCGGGAUAUUACAGCACUUUUCCGUCCUUCCCUCCACAGCCCUUCCCGCCCCCACCCUCACCCCUGGGAUGGUCCCAGAAUUCCCGGGAUACCCCGGGGGUCACCUCUGUCACCCCCACCCCCACAGGGAAGCAAAACUUCCCUCCUCUCCCAUUCCCACCCUUCCAGGAUGGGAUUUUCCCCUCCCAGCACCCAAAGUCCCCUGGAGGGGACACAACAGGGGAGGGACUUUGGGGAUGUUUUGUCGCCUUUCCAGAGAGGAAAAUCCACGGAUUUCUGAUCCUUGAGCUGUCCGUGUGCGAGAUUCCAGAGGAUAUUUAUUGUAAACGGCGCUAUCCGUGGAAUUCCAGGAAUAUCCGUCGGGGAGGAGGCUCGGGAGGGACAAUUCCUGAUGAUUCCAGGGAGGAAUUUCUGCAUCUUCCUCAUCCAAGGGCGCCCAAUUCCCACCGGGAAGGGUUCCCUGGUUCUCAUGCCAAAGCCGAUCUGUCCCGCGGGAUUCAAUUCCUUGGAGAGAGAAAUAAAGGAUUGUUGGAAAAUC